AUGUCGGUACAAACGUUGUUAUUAGAUUUUUCUGUAGACCCUGCUCGACUUGGUGAUGAGAGUGGUCAAAAAGCUGUAUUUGGACAGCUGGAAACUGUGUUAAAAGAUUAUAUACCAAACCUUAUAUUAGCCGCUGACAUAAAAGUGGAUGGAGGUUCUUUGAAAGUAUUAACUGGUAAAAAGGAUACUACGGUGUCGGUGAGAUUAUUUGACCGAGGCUUAGUAACUAUUAACAUAGAGUAUUACAAGGAAGAUAAUGAGGAGCCACUAAUCAGCUUCAAGUCUGCGAGGGUAUUGGAAGGUCAGCUGAAAAAGUACAUCACAUUUACAAAAUCUCAAGCUUAUGCUCCCAUUAAACGCUGCUUAUUUAGCAGGUAUUAUCCAACAUCAGAUGAAAGACUUCUUGAGUAUGACAUUGAUGCUGUGUUAUUUGAUGAACAAUCACCCUUCCAGAGAGUGCAAAUCGUGCACUCGAAGUCUCUCGGCAACAUGCUGGUGUUGGAUGAUUUGCAAAAUAUAUCAGAAGCUGAUCUGAUCUACACGGAGACACUUAUGCAAAGAGGAAAGGAGAGUUAUGAAGGGAAAGAAAUUGUCAUUUUAGGUGGCGGUGACGGUGCCCUAUUGUAUGAACUGCUGAAGGAGAAGCCGAAGUUCGUGUGGAUGUUGGAGAUCGACGAACUGGUCAUGUCUGCAUGCAACAAGCACUUGCAGUCCAUUUGCGGCGAUGUGCUGGAGAGAAGGAAGGGACCUAACUACGAGAUAAUCGUAGAAGACUGUAUGCUAACUGUGAACAAGUUUAUCAGCGAGAACAAGAAGGUGGACUACAUAUUCGGCGACCUCACCGACAUUCCCAUAUCGGAUUCCGCGUGCGGCGAGCUGUGGGAGUUCAUGAUCACCAUACUGCGCGCGGCCUUCCAGAUUCUCAAGCCCACGGGCAAGUUUAUGACUCAUGGUAAUGGAGCGACCUCUCCAGAAUCAUUAGAGCUAUAUGAACAGGAACUGAUGAAGCUGAACCCUGCCGUCAAGUACUCGAAGAGCAAGGCCUUCGUGCCCUCUUUCCUCGAGGACUGGAUCUUCUACCAGAUAUCAUUCAAGAACACCGAUAACGGAGACGCUUAA